AUGGAGUUGGAUACAUCCAUGGAGUAUAAUAAUAUAGUUAAACAAGUCAAUAUGCAAAGUACUAUCAUCAAUAAUUUGCAAAGACGUUUGGAUAAAUUGCUGGAAAAGCAAAGUAUGCAAGAUGAAAUUGUAUAUCAGAAUCAAGGAAAAACCAAUUGUAAAUGCAAAGCAGGACCAAGAGGAGCACCAGGAGCUGCAGGACCACAAGGUGCACCAGGACCAGAAGGACCAUCAGGACCACAAGGACCACCAGGACCAGUAGGACAGCAAGGACCACCAGUGAUACCGGAUGAUGAUGAUACAUGCUUGGUACUAGUGGGUAAAUGUCCUGCUGGAUUCAUGUCGAAUACAAAAUACGAAGAAGUGUUGCAACUCUUACGAAUGAUAACUGAUAUAUCAAUUCAUGUAUGCUGUAAAAAUUUGAUUUGA